UGAUAGCAUCUAGGUCACUUCUUGGGUACAUCAACCUACUGAGAAACCUGAAAAAUACUCGUCAAUCCCAAAUUCGAAAUGAAAUUUGCCUUUUACUAAUCGCCUGAAACAAGCCUAUAUCAAUUCAAUGGAAUCCCAGGAUCAAAACCCAGUUGUGUUAAUCACAGGUUGUUCACAGGGGGGAAUCGGACACGCCCUGGCUCGCGCUUUUGCCGAUAGCAACUGCAAGGUGGUAGCCACUAGUAGGUCUCUGAGCACCAUGUCUGACCUGCAAAAAGAUCCCAGGUUUUAUCUUCAAGAACUCGAUGUUCUGUCGGAGCAAAGCGUGCAGCAUGUCAUGUCCAAUGUAAUUGAUAAGUUUGGUCGUGUUGAUGUCUUGGUUAAUAAUGCUGGGAUCCAAUGCGUUGGCCCUCUUGCAGAAGUCCCUUUGCCCGCCCUCGAAAAUACCUUCAAUACCAACGUGUUUGGUUCAAUUAGGGUAGUUCAAGCUGUUGUACCUCACAUGGCAUCUAAGAAAAAGGGAAGGAUUGUGAAUGUUGGAAGUGUUAGUGCUUUGGCUCCUGGGCCAUGGUCCGGUGUCUACACAGCAUCUAAAGCAGCUCUUCAUGCGCUAACUGAUACUUUGAGAUUGGAGCUGAGCCAUUUCGGGAUCGAUGUCAUCAAUGUUGUUCCAGGAGCUGUAAGAUCAAACAUAGGGAAUUCUGCUAUUUCUAGCUACAACAGGAUGCCCGAGUGGAAUCUAUACAAACCAUUCGAACAAGCCAUCCGAGAGAGAGUUUACUUUUCACAAAGAUCCAAGACAACCCCAACGGAUGUGUUUGCAAAGGAUACCGUGAAGGUAAUACUGAAGAAAAAUCCACCAGCUUGGUUCUCAACAGGUCAUUACUCCACUAUUAUGGGAAUUAUGUAUCAUUUGCCAAUUUUUGUCAAAGAUUUCAUCAUUAGGAAAGCAAUGAAAGGUUGAUUUCUUCAACCUCGCACCUGCUGCAGGUUUAAUGUAGUUACUUGGAUUUUUAUGUCACGAUAACAUAGCUUUUUAAUCUUUAAACUCAAUCAAACCUUUUAGAGUAUUUU